AUGAUGUUACCGAGCCCCGUCACCUCCACCCCCUUCUCUGUCAAAGACAUCCUCAACCUGGAGCAGCAGCAGGACCCGCACUAUGCGGCCCAGCUCCCGCACCACCUGGACCACCACUUCCAUCCUGCCGCCUGCCUGCUGGCGGCAGCGGACGGCGCCCGCUUCUCCGACGGCGAGGAGGAAGAGGAGGAGGAGAAGCUCUCCUACCUGAGCCCCAUGGGAGCGGCCGGCGGGCAGCCCGACGCACGGAUCUCUGCCGAGAACUACGUGCACGCUGCGCUGCGCGGCUCCUGCGAGGCGCCCGGCGCGGAAGAGGAGCUCGACCUCACGGCCCGCGACCCAAAGAGCUGCGUCCUGAAGAAGCCGAUGGAGGUGGCAGAGAAGCCGGAGGAGGCGGAGAGGCCGAAGCAGCGGAGCCGCAGGAAGCCGCGCGUCCUCUUCUCGCAGGCGCAGGUCUUCGAGCUGGAGCGGCGCUUCAAGCAGCAGCGUUACCUGUCGGCGCCCGAGCGGGAGCACCUGGCCAGCAGCCUCAAGCUCACCUCGACGCAGGUGAAGAUCUGGUUCCAGAACCGGCGCUACAAGUGCAAGCGGCAGCGGCAGGACAAGUCGCUGGAGCUGGGCGGCCCCGCGGCGCCGCCGCCGCCGCGCCGGGUGGCCGUGCCCGUGCUCGUCCGCGACGGCAAGCCGUGCCUCGGCGGCUCGCAGGGCUACGGCUCCGCGUACAACGGGCCCUACUCCUACAACGGCUUCCCCGCCUACGGCUACGGCAACGCCGCUUCCUACAACGCCGGCUACGGCUGCACCUACCCGGCGGGCACCGGCGGCGCCUCCGUGCAGGCCGCCUGCAGCCCGGCCGCGGCCGCCGGCCCCUUCGUGAACGUGGGCGGCCUGGGGGGCUUCGGCGGCGGGGGGCAGCCGCUGCACCAGGCGGCGGCGGGGCCCUCGUGCAGCCAGGGCGCACUGCAGGGCAUCCGGGCCUGGUAG